AUGGUUCCCAUUCAGGCCCUGGAACAGACGUCCCUGGCAUAUGUUGGUCACGCAUGGGGCGCCUGGAGACGGAGCAUCGGCGUUGAGACUACGCAGCCAAGGGCAGGAAGAAGCACCAUCCGCAAGAUUACAAGACCAGCCCUCAACUCCCUCGCUAUAGCUAUCGCCGUCGAGGUGCCCGUGUGCUUGUUCCUGACGUAUUUCGGCGCACGACCCUUCGCGCGGUAUCUCAGCGGCUCGGAUGAAGUUGCCAGCGUGACUGCGAUGAUGUGGCGGACGAUUGACUGGUGCUACUUUUUCUAUGCCAUGUCGACGAUGUUGGCGACCAUUCCGUUGGCUACGCGACCGAAGUGGUAUCUCUGGCAGAGUCUGGCGCGCAACCUCUUGCACGUGCUACCUUGGGCGAUUGUGUGCCAGACGGCCCAGCUCUCGGCCGAUCGGGCGUGGACGUACCACAGCCUGGUGUUUGGUGGGAGUCUUGUAUUCAGUUUUGUUGACAUUUUCAUUGUCGACGGUCUCUGGGUUUGGACUCUGUUGACAGGCCGGAUGAAGCUCGAUGUGUUCCGUGGAUGA